UCAAACUGGUUUCGCUAGCUUCUUCUGCUGUCUAGACAGAGUCGGCCCGUUUCUACGUGACCCGUUUUAGCCUAGUAAGGUGAAUAACAGCAGAUAAAGCCACGUCAUGUCGUCAAAAACAGGUGAAGUGGACAGCUCGCUGACAGGUGUGUGUGACAGCUGCUCCUUUGUCUUUAGCUGAAGGCGAACACAGCCCGCUGUCUCUCUCUCUCACUCUCCGCUGUGCUCCUCUGACUGACUGACUGACUCUGACUCUGAUUCUCCUCCUCUACGGUGUUUUACGGUCUAAAAAAUGGUGUCGCUGCUGCUGAUCUCACUCCCUCUGCUCCCCAUUGUCGUCAUGGCUACCACACUUUGCCACUCACGGCUGCUGGCUCUUUGUCACCGUGUGUGCGCCAGGGUGCUGAGGUUCUUUCGCGGGAGGGUGUGUGUGAGCAGCACACAUGCCUACGUCUUCUCAGAGUGUACCCACGGUCAGGCUGCCAGCGUGCUGGACACGUUCGACCUGUAUGCCAAGACGCACGCCUCAUUCAGCAUCGGGCCCGAAAAAGGUGAGUUUGUGGAGGAGGUGGUGAGGCGUGAGGCUCCUCUCAGGGUUUUGGAGUUGGGCAUGCACUGCGGCUACACCUCCGUCAGAAUACUGCGCCAGCUGCCCACAUCCGGCAGGCUGCUGACUGUAGAGCUGGACCCCCUCACUGCUGAGAAGGGAGAGGAGAUCAUACUGGUCGCCGGUUUCAAAAGUCCACAGUUCCAGGUACUGACCUGCUCCUCAGCUGCAGCGAUCUCAAACUUGGCGUCUCACCUUGGCGAGAGCUGUUUAGACUUGGUUGUCAUGGACCACGACCCUGAACAGUACCUUCCAGACCUCCUGGCCCUGCAGAGAGGACAGCUUAUGUCCCCCCGCUGCGUCCUCCUCCUCAAUGGGACACUGCAACCUGGAGCUCAGGCCUUGCUGGAGUACGUCGCUGCCAGGCCUCAGCACUACAGUGUAGGCCAGCAAAUUAAAGACAUGGUGGAGAUCCACUAUAACAUAUCCACAUAUUUCCAGAGAGAGGAGAGAUAGCACUAUGGGUAGUGAUGUCAAGGUUUUAGAUUUGGAAUAUACUGGGAAAAUUUAUAUCACCGCUCAUCAAAAUCUUGUAACUCCAUUUUUAUGUUGUUUUUUUAUAGCCUUUGAAAAUGUCAGAUGCCAUUUAAACUGUGUAAACAUUUCAUCACGAAUGGAACCAACAGAAAUGGUC